AUGUGGUUCAUGGGCGUCAACGGACUCCCAGGAGAGAUAAAGAACGCGACGGGCAUUGCGCCGGCGAAAAUGAACGGCAAGGAAUUUCACGUCGACAUGAACGGUACCUACUACGGGUUGAUGAAGGCGCGAGCCUACUCUGUCGUACAAAAGUACACGACCACGCUGACGCGCAACACCGAGCCCGCCAACCUGCACAUGCCACAGAUGGAGGAUGCGCCAGAGCGACCCGAGUCGACAGACUCUGCCUCUCCAGACCCGAACGAUGCCCAGGCGGACCUUCUGAGACGUGCGAACAUGCUCUUUGGUCUCAAAGAUAAGCUUGCUAUGGUGACGAGUGGACCCAACAGCCCCGACUCUGUCGUCGUUGACAAAGAUGGGAUGUUACAGGAUGGCACGGACCAACAGAGAGUUAUGUUCUUCGGUCACAUUGCAGAUGAACUGUACAGGAAGCUUUCUCAGUUCUGUACUCCCGAAGACGAAUCUGUCACCCUUCACUUCGAUGGAGAGCCAUCCAUUCAGAAACAGGCGGAGCACCGAGCUCGCGACGACAAGCUGCGUAAGGGCACCGAUGCACUUCACCAAACAAUCGAACAAGCACGUGUAGUGGGUGGAUCUCGUCGAAAGGCUGCUUACAAACGGUGCAGGAAUCUCUACAAGCCAACAAUCGUAAUUCAAGGAGAAGUUAUAGCGGAGUUGAUCAAAAAGUACGACUGCCAUGUAUGCCUCUGCCGCUUUCAGUCGGAUACUUGCAUUGCUAAGCUUUGUGCCCAGUCUCUGAAUCCCCAGGACAUCAUUGUUGUCUCCGGUGAUUCGGACUUGAUUUGUUUCGGGGCUGUGCCGAGAGUGUUGUAUCCGAUCGGCAAGUCAAGAGAGCUCACUCUUUUCGAAAAGGAUGCGAUUUUGGAGGUCCUCGAUUUGCCUUCGGAGCGGCAUUUACUACUCGCGGCUGUUGUGACGGGCAACGACUACACCCGGGGAGUGCCAUAUUUCGGGAUCAAGAAGAUCUGCGAGAUUAUUCGGGAAAUGGAGCUACCCGGCUCUGACGUCGAAUCGUUUCGUUGGUACGUCCACGAGUUUCUCGUUCGAGUGCGACACCAGCUUCUUUCCGAGAGAGUCCCUCGGAAGAAACGAAAACGAAUCGACUCGCAGCUAUCGGUUACGGUUGACGACUUCGAGCAUGCUUUAUCUGCCUUUGUGGGCGUCCAGGAAGAUGCCGUAUCCUCCGUUGAUCAGAACCCACACCCUCAGCCUUUUACCAGUCAACAGCACACAUCGAUUGAGCAGGGAGGGCAGCGAGACUGUAAUGCGCACGAGAUUGUCAUGAGGGCACUGCUCGAUCUUGAGUUCAAGUCUCGCACUGACAAUCAGGUUCGGUACCCUCCCCACAGGGUCAGUGAUCCGUCGACAGCCACCCCUGUUUCUGAUAAUCAACUGUCGACAAUGUCCCCGUCACAACCAAAAAAGCGACCCGUCGACAAGCAGCCCAAGGCUGUUGAAGAUUCGCCUUCAGCAUCCUCGUCAUCGUCGACAGACCGCUCGUCGAAGAACAAAAGACGGAAGGCGUCAUCCAAGAAAAAACUCGCGAGACCACGCGACAUCGAUGCAACCCCAACAGCACCAAAACUUAAGGACGCUUUCAAGUUUGCUUUUCCGACGAUAACCCAGACAGUUGGUUCCUUGAAAGGAUGCCUGCGCCGUAGCCUUCGACCCCUCGGGAUCUCUGAUGACCAAGUCGACACCAUUGCGAGCCGCCUGGAGAAGGCCACGAGCCUGAUCAAUGAAGCUCGUCCCCACGUGUUCAGGAUGAUACAGCUGUUUUUACUGGAAGAAGUCACAACAGCGUUUAGCCCGCAAGGAGCCUCAGGGGAGACGAAUGUCGAUCUGCUGGACCUGGUGAUGAACAAGGCUUCCGGUCAGAUGUUCAUCCGUGGAUUAAUGUCGUUGGCCUUGAAUGGGAAGAUUGUUGAGAAAAAGUGCAAGAAGUCCGAGUCCAUCCGUGCUCGAGAGCUCACACAGAGGGUCUAUGCCCGAUACAAGACGAUCAUUCCUCACUUUUCGCCCAUUAACACUACCGACAUCCCCCUGGGCGACAUGCAGAUGGAGUUUGGACUUGCCACGAUGAUGGUAAAACUGGGAUGGAGCAAAGACAUCAUACCUCUCGUUGACGGAGACGUGCCUCCUGAAGCCCAACGACAGCAGGACGACGACGCUCUAGACGAAUCUCCAACGACUGAGCCCCUGGGAUCAGACGAAUAUGCGGCCGACGACGACGGAUGCUACAAGUUCAAGGCGGGCUUUCUCAGGGAUUGGUGGGACCACUUACUCUCGCUACCUGCAGAGAAGCGACCUGUGUUCUGUCCUCAGCCGAAGCUUCGGGGUGCGUUUGUGAUGAUACCGGAGCGAGCAGUGUGGAGAAUUCUAUGGGGAGGAACUGCGAGGAACAAUCCAGCCAAGACGAUCGUGGAGACGAUUUUGAGUCGCGCGGAGGCGUCGGAUUGUGUUGAUUCGGACUAUGGAAAAGUGCUUGAGACGCUUUUCUAUGGGCGAAGAAGACCCGUUGGCCACGACAACGACGGAGGACCAGACCUGAGACGGACACCCUACGCAAAACGGACGACAAGAAUGGCAGAACUUGCGGAAGGUGAUCCUUCUAGGUUUGGUUAUCGGUCAUUGCAGGACUACUGUAACAGGAAGCUGGCCUACCUUCGAGCUGCUGCGAACUGUCGGGAUGAAGGAGUACCAUGUACGCAAUCACCGCCAGAGUUUCCCGCCAACCCCAGUACAAAAUCACGCUAUGCUUUGAACAAUAUGAUUCGAAGUAACGGCUUGGAGCUGCAGGUCCUCGCCUACGACACCAAACACGAGCCACAUGGAGCCCUGGAUCCAGUCAUGCGUAUCGAAAAAGUCUUGCCUGAUGAGGACGCUAUCGCCAGGAUAUUCCAGGGAAAAAUACCACAAUGUCGCGGGUGGGACCCUGAGGAGUUGGUGACGGCGGCUUUAUGUCUGAUCGAGCACGAACGUGAGUGGAAUGGAGCACCAGACCCUGGGGAUCAACCUGUGACCAACCUAAUGAUACGUCGAGCAGCUUUAUACUCUCCCACCACUGCAGCGCGAUCCGAAAGAGAGAGAGUCAAAAACAGGAAGCUUCAAGUGGUGCCGGGCGAGAGUAUCGAUGGAGGAAUUUGGGCGAGGGGUGUCGAUCCAAAGGGAGCCAGGACAGACGUACAGUCCAUCCAGGAGAUCGAAAGUUGUUUGCCCCCAAAAGGCCAAGUAACCGUGGAGGAUUUCAAGGAUGCUGUUCGUGUCAGAGUGUCUACAGAGCCCUUGCUUCGGGAGUUUGAAGGCUCACUACGCAUGAAAAAAGCCGCCUGGGAGGAGAAGAAAGCCGUUCGUGCCGAACUGGAUAUGGCUGUGGCUGCAAUCCUGCGCUUUUGUGGACCGGAGCCGUGUCUUAUUGCUAUUGGCAACGGCAAGUUUCGAACGGGGAUAAACUUGGCUUCCAAGCAUGAGACAUUACAGAGUCAUUUUGCCAAGAAGGCGCGAGCACAUGGCCACAUUGUCGUUUUGGUUGAUGAAUAUCUGUCCUCGACCGUUUGCCCAGCUUGCACUGCCCGAGGAGAGACCUCCAGGAUGGCAAAGCCGACUUCAAGAUCUUGUGUCUGCCUCGCCUGUGGUCGAUGGAUCAACAGGGACUCGGUUGGAGCUCACAACAUUGCACUGAUCGCUGAGCAAUGGCUCUUCGAUCAGUCUCGACCGAUCUCUCUCCUUCGGCCCAGCGUUUAA